UCGAACAUCCCUACAACAUAAUAAUAUAGGUUAUGUGUACGACAAGGAAAUGUUCAAAAUUUAAAUUAAUUGGAGAAAUAUGGAAAGUCCAGAGGUUUUUAAUUUCAGUGCGCCAGGUUAUUCAUUUACCAUAGAUAAAUUUAAAGGAAAGUUACCCAUAAAUCAUUCUACUUUAAAUAAUUUGCAUUAUAAUUAUAUGGUUUCUAUUAUAGCAUCAAAUUCAACUGUAUUAGAUCAAGUUCUUGACAGUUCCAGAGACAAGUCCAUAUUCUAUAAAGUAUAUGAUUUUAGUUUAGUAGAUUUAGUGAAUGUCGAAUUUUUGUCCAGCUUUACACAAAAUGGAAGACUCACCUUGCUCAGCAUCAAUACUAGAAUAGACUGUGAUAAUUGCGUAGGAAUCACACCAAACAAUAAGCUUCACUUAAAUUUGAACAAGGAGAGCUACCAAUGCCUGGGAGUAGAUGGAAGUUCUUCGCACUUUACUAAAAAACUGGAAAACAGAUAUACUGCCACUGUAGAUCUUAGUGAUGGGAAAUUAUUAACCAACAAGAAGAAGUUUGAAAGACUUAGGUCAUGUCUGCAAGUUUUAGAAAAGUUUACAGUGUUGGUAUCCUGGGAACCACCAGAUGAAGAAAUAUGUCCAUCUUCGAUUGCUAAAUUCUUUGUGGAUCUUGGUUACAGGGUGAAAGAAUAUAGAGCCACGAAUUAUUUCCACAAAAUCAAUACGAAAGUUUUCAGUCCAAAUCUUGAGAGUGAUGAUGAAUUUGAUACUUUGGAGUUUGUGGAGUGGUUGGGAAUGGUCAUGCUUGGUUGUAACUUGAAGCGAGAUCGAACGAACUAUUUAUCUAGUUAUAUAGCAGAUAUUGAGGAUAAAAAGGAACAACAAGUUAGUUGUUUGCAAUUAAAAGGGUUUUUCUCAUCUAAUGAUGUAAAACAGAUCAUUGAAAAGACUAUAAACGCAUCUACUUGUUUAGACGAUCAAUGGACAGCAAUAUACGUACAAAGUUUUUCAGAUUGUCCUGUUGCUUGGGGCGAAGAAGAACACCAUUAUUACACAAACGGAGACAACGGAUAUGUAUUAGUUUUUAAUAAAAAUGGAAGUUUAGUUUAUACACACAAGUGCUCUAGAAAAAGAUAUAAAUAAAGAGAAUAACAAAAUUUAA